AUGUCCGAGCAAAUGGACCAAAUAGGGUUACCGCCCGGUUGGGACUGUAAAUACGAUUCCAGAACAGGUCGCUACUACUAUGUGAACCUGUUCACCAAAACGACGCAAUGGGAGGACCCGCGGGCCAGGAUCCGCCAGCUGCAAACUGGAGCACCACUUCACAUCUCUAACGACAGCAUUUCCAUGCAGCCAGUGCAUGGUUCUCCCUAUCAUGUGUACCCUUCGAGUAACUCGUUCUAUCCAGCCCAGGCCGCCUUCCAGAAUCCACCCUCCGGUGUGCCUAGCCUUAAUGCUAGCCCAAACCUUGCCCAAAGACUGCAACAGCAACAGCUUCAGCAGCAACAGCAGCAGCACAUCGAAAUGUCUCCGAUGGUACGUACCAGCCCGCGCAUGGGACUCGGACGGCAGGGCAUGGUGGAGACCACGUUCACGACGAACGUGACGGCAGCGGAAACCGAUCUAACGGUGGCUAAAAUUAACUCCAUGUUCCCUACCGUACCGGAAACCCACAUCCGGAUGCUGUUGAAGAAGUACUACAACCGAGAGGCGGUCGUAAUAAGCGCACUGCAGGUGGAGAAACAUCCGCUAACGACGCCGGGCCCCUACUCGACGCCACCGCUCGGUCAUCGCCCGUUCCACAACACGGCCAUGGGCGUUGUGUCCGCGUUCCAGAUGACACCGGUACUGGGAGGACGCAGCGAAAUGUCCAGCUCACGGACGGGAAGCCCCGUACCGCGGCCGGCCAGCGGUGCCAGCGGUAGCUAUGCUGGCGGGUACGGUGGUGGAUACGGAUCGCCACGGAACGGACCGGGGGACGGUUAUCGCAGCUCACCGAAACCACACUCGUCGCCGAAGAUGAAGCUGAGAUACAUGAAAAGCAUCUUUCCGAAGGCGGAAGAAACGCUCAUCCUCGACGUACUGGCUAACGCGGACAAUAACGUACAGACCGCUUCCCAGCAGUUGCUAUCGAUGGGUUACGAUAAGCGCGAACAACCGAUUCCGCAGCGUAAUUCCGCAUCGCGCAAAGGUACCGGCACAUCGCAAGCUACCGAAGAUGACAAAAAGGAGGAACAGAAAACGCCAACACCGAAGCUAAAGUCACCGGAGGAAAAGAAGAAAAUUAAAUCACGCCUGCAGACAAAGUAUAAGGAUACGCCGGAGAAAAUCAUUCUAAUGGCGCUGGAAAGUGUGGACUAUUCGGAGGAGCGCGCCAAAAAGAUACUCAACAUUGUUAUCCAGGAGGAUAAGGAUAAGAAGAAAAGUGUCAAGAUUGAGGCACCGCACAAAUCCGAAGAGGACAAGGAAAAUGCGCGCGGUUCAGGAAGUGCUGGGCCAAGUCGAAGCAAUAGCACCGCUUCGUCACAACCCCGCACACCGCUGGCCAAACGUGCCCACGAUGGAGGUGUGCUUGCUUCAUCGCCAUCGGCCGUAGCAGCAGCAGGAAGUUCCCAGGAUCCAGGGUCAACCACGGUGGAUGGUAUUAAGCCAACAGACAAGCAAGAAGUAAUGGGGUCAACUGCCACGGCCAAAUGUUCCGAUCCGGAAACGAGCCCACCCGGUACGACGGAGGAGUCAUCCAGCAGCGAUAAUACCCCCGGCGAUGACUCAUCCCCCGACUAUCCGUCCGCGAAGGUGCGAGAAAGCGGUGCACGCAGCGGUGCGGUUGGUGUUGGCAAGCAGAACCGCCCGAAAGCCAAAACCGAUCACGCAAAGUAUUCUAUUUUUAGAACAUCCUCCUCGGAAGACGAAUCCAGCGAGAUGGCAAGCAAGGGUUCCGAUGGCAAAAUGGAUAGCAAAUCGUCCCAGCUAGCGUCUCGCAUACCCACCAAGGGACCGAACAUGAAGCUAUUCAAGGGCCCGAACGAUGAUUUGCUGCUUACCGACUACGUCACCUGGAACGGUGCCAAUCCGGAUCUUGCCAAAGGCAGUCAAAAGAAGGCAACUGGCCCCGACCGCACGAUACGUACGGAGCGCACGUACAAAGCGCACGGUCCAAAUGCGGAGCUUUGCAAGGGUCCGGUCGGUUCGCUAGCGAAGGGCAGCAUGUACACACAGCUGAUGAAAGCGGACGUGAAGUGUAACUAG